AUGAUGAUUUGUUGUAGUAUUUGUAGUGGUAUCACAAGUUGUCGACGACGAGUCACUCGAGACCGGCUCGUUGUGCCGGGCUCCGCCCCGUUCGCGUCCGCCGCUCCCCCGACGACGUGUCCACCGGGACCACGGAAAACUGCAACGGUUGUCGAGACGGCCGGGCACAAUGUCCUCUUCGAGCCAAUCGAUAAUUUUGCAUGGCCACCACGAGUACAGGAUGCUCUUGUGACGCUCCAUACACAUGUCCAGUUCACACCAUUGAGGACCCCGUCGACUGCCGCCGCCGCCACUCUCCGUAUCCUCCGUGUCUUCUGGGGCUCCACGAGCACUGAUCACUGUCGAGAGGCCGCCGCCGCCUCCUUUGCUCCCGGAGCCCAUACUUGUGAUACUUUGAUGGUGACAGCCUCCUCCGCCGAUACCGUUGCUGUGAUUGAUGUUUGUGUGGUGUUGACGUUCCUCGUCACCGCACAACGAGUCGUCGGUCUGCAACAAUAA